UUAAAUAUUGCAAAUUUUAACUUAAAAAUGCUCCAAAUUAAAACCUUUAAAAAUGCACUUUGCAUUUUUGUUGUAAUCGUAAUUACACUCGUAAUUGCAUUGGAAGAAGAUGAAGUGCAGAAGGUUUUCAAAGAGCAUGAAGUGGUUCCUGACGUUAUACCAAAUUCCCCAAACAAGUUUCUUAACGUAACUUACGAAGAUGGUGUAGUAGUUAACAAAGGCGCCGAAUUGUCAAUUGAUCAACUAACAAAGGAACCGAAAGUGGACUGGGAAGCUGAUGAAAAAGCCUACUACACUCUAUUAAUGACGGAUCCUGAUAUAUUAAAUCGUCUAAGGGGCAAAUCUCGUGAAUUUCCACAUUGGGUCGUAGGCAACAUACCCGGCAAUGCCGUUGAUGAAGGUGAUGUCCUUAGAGCUUACGUAGGUACUGGUCAGCCAAGAGGUACUGGCUUACAUCGUUAUGUGUUCUUGGUUUAUAAACAGCCUAGUAAGUUGGAAUUUGAUGAUCGACGUAUAGGCAGGCGUAACCGUAAGAAUCGUAACCAUUUCAGUGUACAACAAUUUGCAGAAAAGUACAAUUUGGGCAUACCACUUGCCGGCAAUUUCAUGCAAGCAAAAUGUGGAAAUUGCAGAAGCUGCGUCACACGUUUGUUCGGCAAUUAUGCAUUUUUUAAAUUACAAUAUUUCGUUCUAUAUGUUACGUUUUUUGCAGUUAUAAAUUUAAAUUUAUAACUUAUUGAAUUUAAU